UACGUAUAAGUGUGGAGAGGUGGUAGCUAUUCACUUUUGUGUAGUUUUGCCAAGUUGCUGUCGAUCCGAAUUAGAGUCGCUACAUGUGUUUUGUUAUGCGGGAAAUGUCAAAAGUGGCGUGAACGUUGAUUUUACGAGUGAUCAAGUGGCGGAGCGAGUGGUUUGUUGGUGAAAAGUGAAAAAUGCUGUGUCCGCCGGAGCGGUGGCGCGCGAACGCCGCAUUUUUUAGAUUCCGGUAGACUUCGAAAGUUUAACGCUUAUCUUCUAAUACGAUGCACUUUGUGCAAUAGAUGUGUUUUGUGUUUAGUGCAACACGUUCACUCAUAUUCCGAGGUAGAGUUUGGUGAAAAUGAAAACUACUUGCUCUAGUUUAAUAGAUAGCGCACUAUGGGCCCUCGUUGUGUACCUGCUGCUGCAUCUGCCGACCAUCGAGAUGAGGGUGGAUGACCUGGAGCAGCCCGCGCCGAGGGAGCAACCGCCUAUGGCAUCAACGCAGCGGCCCGAACCCGCUCACCAGCGCUACCUGAAGCUAGGCAAAUGCUUCCACAUGCCGCGCGACGAGUGUCCACCCCCAGGCUCCUGCAAGAAGGUCGGCGACGUCUCCGUCUUCUGCUGUGAUCUGGACAGCGCGCGGCUUAAAGAUGCCCUCAGCGACUCCAUAACACAGAACACGACGUACCUGCACGUUCUGAAUGCAAGCAUCGAUGAGCUCGACCUGUCACAAGCUGUGUUCCGACGCCUGGCCUCCAUGGCGCUCACCGACGGAGACAUCGGCAAGAUCAGCGGCCAGUUCCCCAAGCACUCGCCGAUAGCCUGCCUAAACAUCUCCAGCAACAACCUGACGACGGCCAAGCUGCCGUCGCUGCAGCGGCCCUUCGCCUACCUCUACAACCUGACCGUGCUCGACGCCUCCGCCAACGACCUCACCGAGUUCCCGCUCAGCCUCGUGCACAGCAACAAGAAGAUAUCCGUGGAUCUGUCAGGUGAGCUCCGCGUGAGGGACUGGUGGUACUGCGGCAUCAGCAAGCGUCUUGCCUCCGAGGUUGUUCUUGCUGGAAGCAGAGGAUGUAGGCAUGAGCCGUCAGGUAAAUGCUACAGGUACAAAAAUCUGAUGUAUGAUAGGACUAUCAAGUUCCCCAAGCCCUCGUGCCUAAACAUCUCCAGCAACAACCUGACGACGGCCAAGCUGCCGUCGCUGCAGCGGCCCUUCGCCUACCUCUACAACCUGACCGUGCUCGACGCCUCCGCCAACGACCUCACCGAGUUCCCGCUCAGCCUCGUGCACAGCAACAAGAAGAUAUCCGUGGAUCUGUCAGGUGAGCUUCAAGACUAUCAGUUCCCCGAGCCCUCGUGCCUGAACAUCUCCAGCAACAACCUGACGACGGCCAAGCUGCCGUCGCUGCAGCGGCCCUUCGCCUACCUCUACAACCUGACCGUGCUCGACGCCUCCGCCAACGACCUCACCGAGUUCCCGCUCAGCCUCGUGCACAGCAACAAGAAGAUAUCCGUGGACCUGUCAGGCAACAACUACCUCCCAUGCAAGCACUUCCAGCGCGCUAUGGACGCCAACAACAGCUCGCUGGUGACGUUCCUGCACUACAACCAGACCUUCUGCGCGCUCGACCUGCAGUUCAACUGGUUCAAGGACGUGCAGGUCGUGCAGAUCGACCACCUCAAGAUACAGAAAGAGCUGAACGCGAACUGCCGCAAGAUCAAGCCAGCAGAGAGCAACUGUAGUUGCGUGUUCGAGCGCCUGGAGCUCAUGGGCGACGAGGUCACCAACCUGGUGGCCGUGGACUGCUCGCAGCGACACCUCACCGAGAUGCCCACGAAUCUACCGCCCAAUACUGUGAAACUCAACGUGUCUUAUAACAAUACUACAAAGCCAGCCGAGAGCAACUGCAGCUGCGUGUUCGAGCGCCUGGAGCUCAUGGGCGACGAGGUCACCAACCUGGUGGCCGUGGACUGCUCGCAGCGACACCUCACCGAGAUGCCCACCAAUCUGCCGCCCAAUACUGUGAAGCUUAAUGUGUCUUAUAACAAUAUAACGUCGCUACAAGCAGUGGGCGACGACCCGACCUACGAGCACCUACGCCAGUUGUUCGCCGACUAUAAUGACGUCAGCAACAUCAUCGCGCUCGAGGGCACCAAGUUCAUAGACAACUUCAUGCUCUUCUCCAUCGGCCACAACAAGCUCAAGACUAUACACACAUACGUGCUGUCGAAUAGAUUCGGCACGACGGGGCCGAAAUUGUCCAUAGCUGGGAACAAAAUCGUCUGCGACUGUAACGCGGAAAAGAUGAUCAAGCCCUGGCUCCAAGAGAACUUCAAAAACAUACCCGACUACAAAAACCUGGAGUGCCAAGACAAUCUGGGCCCUGUGGUCGACUUAGUAGAGUCGAAAGUGUGUCACACGCCGCGUGACUGGACGGACUAUAUCUACUACAUCAUAGGCUUGGAGGUUUUAGUGCUGGUUUUGUUGAUAAGUAAGGUUUCUUACGACUACUGGAUCUUUAAAACAGCUGGAUAUCUGCCUUGGCCAGCCAAUAAGAUGCCAAGGCUGCCGUGUGAUUGGCUAUGCGAGUGAGUCAGUGGUAUUUUGGAAAGUAAACAAAUGACUAUUGGUGUGAAUUCACAAGCAUAUCAAAUGUAACAUGUUGACCUUGAGGUGGUUCGUAUUACUGACUUAAUAAGAGCGACUAUUGAAGUGUAAUUAUUACGCUUGAUGUGCAUGUCAAGAUAUAAUCUUUUGAGAUGGCUGUUCUGUCUUGGACAGAGGCUAGAUGGAUUUUUUACAUAUUAUACAAAGACGUUUAGUAAACAGGUUAUAACUAUGUACAGUCAGCAUCAAACAGUUAGUACCAAAGUAGAAAGUACCCAAAGUAGCCAAUAAGUCCGCAACACGUCUUUGUUAUUGGAAUAAGGUUCACUUUGGGUGUCACGAACUGUUUGACGCUGACUGUCCCUAUUAUAAAAUAGUUAUUAAGAAAAAAUAAAUGUUGAUUGGUACAUAUUUUUAUAUGGAUAAAUUAAUGAGUUAAUUAUUAUAUGUUUUAUAAGUAUGUUAUAUGUUAGUGGUAGUAGGAAUAAAUCAAUAUAAAUACUUAUUUGUUUAAUAACAAAAUGAAUUAUUUGAAUGAAUGAAAUAAAUAUAAGAAACUAAGAUCUCUUUCAUAUCGAUUUUGUUAUAAGACUAUGAAUGUUGCAAAUAAAUAAACAAAAAGUAAUUAAAAAAUAGAAUCUCCAUUUAAUUAUUGUCUCGGUUUGUUUAGAAAUGAGUCUUGAAUUUUGAUAGAAAAACUUAUAAAUUAAUAUUAUAUUGGGAAUUAUGGUAAUAUU